UGGUGACAAACAACGCACACAUCAUCGCACCGUGGGCCACCGCGACGACCGUGCGGGGAUCGGGGGACGAGGCGCCGCGAGUAGCCGUCGCCCACGCAGCAACGCACCACCACCAGUCUCACAUAUGACACGGACCAUAGGCGCGCGUUCUUACAAUCCAAUAUACGAACCUACCAUAGAAUACAGUCCGCUAUUUUAUUUCUACCACCUGAGUAUCGCCAACAAAAGUGGUCCUCUCUCCGUGAAGAAGGAUUUUAAGGACGUCUUGAGGCUUUUUUGGAGAAUAUUCCGUGUCAAGAAAUCAAGCACUACUAGUCGCACGCGCCGGCCAAUACGCGACGACUUUGGAGAAGGUCAAGGAAGGAUAUUUAAAGGACGAAUAAACCGUCAAGUCACUGUGAACAAAGGAUAAGACAUCUUUUUACAGACUGAGAUCGAGGUCUUAUCUGACGAGCCACCAGUCGAUGAGGUUCCUGCGGAGCGUGUGCAGUUUGACAACGACUACUAUACGCUUGUGGCCCGAGCCAAGAAACUACUUGCUGCCGGGGAGAAGGCCAGUGAAUCUGUGGCGGAGUUCAGCGACGCAGAAUCAGCGUUGGUGAAGGUGGUUGACGGCAAGGGCAACAAACACACCGCCAGGGUGAUCUUGGACAACGGUAGUGGAAUAAAUAUCGUUUCCGAAGCUUUCUGCAGUAAGCUGGGUUUGCCGAGGCGGAACGUGAGCUCCACGGUAUCAGGUUUUAAUAAUCAUGUUUCCCAUAGUACACAGUCUUGCAACCUCACAAUUGAGUCAAUGAAUACUAGCUAUAGGACUAACAUUGAUUGUUAUGUGUUUACCAACGUCACCACAGCAGUACCAAUCACAUACAUUGACACACGACAUAUUCAAAUACCUGCUGGCUUAUGUUUAUCUGACCCCACUUAUAAUAUACCUUCUAAGGUCGAUAUUCUUAUCGGGGCGGAUAUCUUCUGGGAUAUUCUAGGUAACAAAAGGAUUAGCCUAGGCAAGCAUCAACCUAUUUUACGUAGUUCGAGCUAGGAUGGAUAGUCACUGGUCACAUCUCGAGUCCGAAAGAUACGUUCAGUCAAUGUCUUCUUACUCAAGGUCAACUUGAUAUUGAUCUCACUCGUUUUUGGGAAGUAGAUAGUGUUUCUCUUGAGCAUUCUCAAUCCGCGGAGGAACGUGCGUGUGAGAAGAGUUUUACCGUUAACACUUCUCGAAAUAACGAUGGUCGCUUUGUCGUCACCAUUCCUCUCAAGCAAGAUCCGCAGGUCUUAGGCGAUUCCUUUGAGAUGGCGAAGCGACGGUUUUUAUCGCUGGAACGAAAAUUUGAACGAGAACCAAUAUUCAAGGAGAAAUAUUUGAGCUUCAUGAAGGAAUACGAGCAAUUAGGCCACAUGACUGAAAAUAAAGUUCUUUUUCCAUACAGUGACAAUGUCAACUACUACCUUCCUCAUCAUGGCGUACUUCGGGAGUCAAGCACGACGACAAAGUUGCGUACCGUCUUCGACGCUUCUGCCGUCACCACUUCAGGAAUUUCCUUCAAUGAAAUUCAGAUGGUCGGUCCUACAGUCCAAGACGAUCUUUUAUCGAUUCUCCUCAGAUUCCGCCAACAUAAAAUUGUAGUAUCGGCAGACGUUGAAAAAAUGUUUAGAUCUAUCAAUGUUGUUCCUAGUCAACGCUCCUUACAGCAAAUUGUAUUUAGGUUUGAUCCAUCGCAUCGUUUAAAGACUUAUACACUAAAUACAGUUUGUCAAGGAACCGCUUCAGCGCCAUACCUUGCGACAAAGUGUCUGAGUAGCCUGGCAUCCACAGUCAGCGAUAAUAGCGUCAAAUAUAGUAUAGCUCACGAUUUUUAUUGUGACGAUUUGUUAAGUGGGGCCAGUACUGUAAGCGAGGCGAUAGAUUUAUGUAAAGGAAUAACAGCCACCUUAAACUCGGCAAAAUUUAAUAUUCGCAAGUGGAAAUCGAAUAACACAUUAGUUAUUAAAGAGCUAUUUUUAGGUCAAGUUAUCGAUUCAAAUACAGUUUUAGAUCUAUCAGAAAACAACUUAAACACAACAUCAAAAACGUUAGGUUUGUACUGGCUUUGUCAGCAGGAUACCUUAUCUUUUUCAAUUAAUAUUGAACUUCAUGAGAAGGUUACCAAGCGCCAUAUACUUUCAGUUAUAAGCCAAAUAUUCGACCCAUUAGGCCUUGUUGGGCCAUGCGUUGUCGAAGCCAAGUUAAUUAUGCAAAAAUUAUGGGUCAAUAAAUGCUCUUGGGACGAAGAAGUGCCGUCAGAUAUAUUACAGCUCUGGUCUUCUUUUGCUAACACAUUACCCUGUCUUAAUAAGUUACAAAUACCUCGUUGGAUUCUUAGUGAUCUUUGUGUAAACAUUGAAAUCCAUGUAUUCACAGAUGCUUCGCAAAGUGCGUAUGGUGCAUGCGUCUAUAUCAGGUCUGUGUGUAACUCAGGGAUUGUGCGUGUUCAGCUCUUAGUAUCAAAAAACAAGAUUGCGCCAAUUAAACCCACAACUAUCCCACGUCUUGAGCUAUGUGGGGCGUUAUUAGGUGCAAGACUGUGUACAAAGGUGCAAACCUCACUUAAGUUAAACAUAACCAUGUGUCGCUUUUGGUGCGAUUCCACGAUCGUGUUAGGGUGGUUGUCCACCCCUUCAGUUCAACUUAAUCAAUUUGUACGUAAUCGUGUUAAUGAAAUCAAGGAAAGCACUAGUGGUCACACGUGGAGCUACGUGCCGUCCAAGGAAAACCCGGCAGAUCUCGUUUCUCGCGGGGUGAGGGCUGAUGUGAUCAGCGACGCCUCGUUGUGGUGGUCGGGCCCGUCGUUUCUACUCAAAUCAGAGCAUAGUUGGCCACAAAUGCCUAAUGAGACCCAGAAACGUGACCUACCGGAUCUCCAACCUUGUCUUAUUAUAAAUAACAACGUUAACAAAAACGACGAUGAUAAUAAACUAUUUACAAAACUUAUACUUAAAUAUUCACAAUUUACACGUUUACAAAGAGUUAUAGCCUAUAUAUACAGAUUUAUUCAUAACUGUAAAACUAAAACAAACAGAUUUCGCGAUCAUCUUUCUUGUGAAGAAUUGCAGCGGUCAUUUAAUUUUAUUAUACAUAUUGCUCAGUUAGAAAUGUUCCCUAAUGAAUAUCUUAUCUUAAAAUCGGGUCAUUCAUUGUCGAAGAAAAAUAAAUUAAUAUCAUUGACCCCAUUCAUCGAUUCAAAUAAUAUCAUGAGAGUAGGCGGUAGACUUGAUAACUCACCUUAUAGCUAUGACACAAAACACCCCAUUUUAUUAUGUGGAAAACAUCAUUUAACAAAAAUUAUAUUUCACAUGCAUCACUUGAAACUUCUACAUGCUGGACCUCAGUUAUUGCUGUCUAGUAUUCGUCAAACUUAUUGGCCUUUGGGAGGAAGGAAUCUGUCUAAAUUUAUAACAAGAAGUUGCAUAAAAUGUUUCAGAUUUAAAGCCACCAAUGUCCAGCCCAUUAUGGGACAGUUACCUGAAUCCAGAACUAAACUGGAAUUUCCCUUUUUACAUUGUUCUGUGGAUUAUGCUGGCCCGAUCAUGAUAGCCAACCGUAAAGGUCGAGGUUGCCAACUGAUAAAAUCUUACUUGUCCAUUUUUGUCUGCUUAGCUACAAGGGCCGUGCACUUGGAACUCGUCACAGAUUUGACUAAAGAGGGAUACAUGGCCGCUUUAAAUCGGUUUGUGGCUCGUCGGGGAAAGCCUCAAAGUAUAACCUCAGACAACGGGACAAAUUUUGUAGGUACAUGUAACGAGUUACACCGUUUCUUACAGGACUCAAGUUCCCAAAUCAGUUCCGCAGUCGCUCAAGAGGGAAUAGAGUUCCUCUUCAUUCCGAGCUACACACCCCAUUUCAACGGUAUGGCUGAAUCUGCAGUCCGUUCCACAAAAUAUCAUCUUCGUAGGCUUCUCCAACUUACGCAUUUCACGUAUGAAGAAAUGCACACUUGUCUGACUCAGGUGGAAGCCAUUCUAAAUUCACGUCCUAUAACUGCCUUAAACUCUGAUCCUACAGACUUCACACCUUUAACACCCGCACACUUCCUAAUAGGACGAUCACUUGUGUCCGUUCCACAUCCACAGUUGACAGAAAGGAUAACAAGUCUUGAACGGUACAAACGAAUCGAGUUCGUCAAGCAACAUUUUUGGAAACGAUUCUCCAACGAGUAUGUUACCACUCUACAGCAAAAGACAAAGUGGCCUACUGCAUCAAGCGAACUCAAAUUGGGUUCUUUAGUCCUUAUAAAGGAUAAAGCGCUUCCUCCCCUACGUUGGGCCUUGGGUCGCUGUGUGGCCGUUUUCCCAGGAACUCAGGAUCAAGUCGCUCGAGUCGCCGAUAUAAGGAUCAAAGGAGGAACCAUCAUUCGAAGGGCGUUUAAUAACAUUUGUCCCCUUCCAGAAACUGGUUGUUGAACCAGCAGCCUUCCUGUCUACUUCAAC